UUCUUCUACGUACCCAUGUUUGAUCUUGGCGACGAGCUUACAGUAGAAGGCUAUAGAAUUCCCUGGCUGAUAUGGAUCCAAGUAUUGGUCUUGGUCCUCCUCAUCAUUCUCCUUUUCUGUUUCAGUUUCUUUCCUUCAGAUCUCUCAGACACCACCACCUCUUCUGCCUCAGCUUCGCCAUCUGCUGUUGGUGUCUUCAUGCCUCUCAAUUCCCAUUUAGACAAGCAAACACUCAAGCAUAAAGAUCACACAACAACUGCCAUAAACUGCUCGCAACAUAGCCAGAGAAUAAUGGCAGUUCAAUACAAGAUCCCCGACAAUGUCCACAUAUCUCAGGAAUGCAGACAUCUCCUCUCUCGCAUAUUCGUUGCAAAUCCAAUCCGGAGGAUCACAAUUAAAGAAAUCAAGAGCCAUCCAUGGUUCUUGAAGAACCUGCCAAGGGAACUGACAGAGGUAGCUCAAGCCAUGUACUACAGGAAAGAAAACCCAACCUUUUCCCUUCAAAGUGUUGAAGAAAUCAUGAAGAUCGUGGAAGAGGCCAAGAUUCCUCCCCCAGUAUCCCGAUCUAUUGGAGGCUUUGGCUGGGUAGGAGAAGAAGAUGAUGACGUGAAGGAAGAUGAUGCAGAGGGUGUUGAAGAAAAGGGCGGAGAAGAAGAAGAAGAAGAAGAAGAAGAAGAUGAGUAUGAGAAGAGAGUUAAGGAGGCACAAGCAAGUGGGGAGGUUCAUGUCAGUUAAGCUUCAUUCCCUCUUCCUUCUACAUUAACAUUAUGCUUUCGUGCUUUGCGUAGAACUGUGUGCUAAUGGGCUGGUCCUGAAUAAAUGUUUGUAAAUUGUAGCAUCAUAUUGGGUAGAAUGGGUGUGAAACUAUUGAACUGUAUGAGAAUUAGAGUUGUCAUAAACAUUGAAUUAGAAA